GGGGGACCACAGAACGCGUCACACCCGGAAGCGGAGAGCCGGAAGUGGGGUUGGACAGGUUAUCCCCAGGGGUGGGGCAGCGGAGGCCCAGGAGGAGGGGGAAAAAGAAGGUGGAGGAACCUGGCUACUAAUCUGAAUCCGAUACGGAUUCUCUUAGACCUCAGAGACACAGAAAAGAGAGAAGGGUGCCUCAUCCCCCUUCCUCCCCUCCUUCCUCUCCUCAGCCUUAGCCAUGGCGGAGGCAGGGGCCGGGCUGAGUGAGACCGUCACUGAGACAACGGUUACCGUGACAACCGAGCCCGAGAACCGGAGCCUAACCAUCAAACUUCGGAAACGGAAGCCAGAGAAAAAGGUAGAAUGGACGAGUGACACUGUGGACAACGAACACAUGGGGCGCCGCUCAUCAAAAUGCUGCUGUAUUUAUGAGAAACCUCGGGCCUUUGGCGAGAGUUCCACGGAGAGUGAUGAGGAGGAAGAGGAGGGCUGUGGUCAUACACACUGUGUACGGGGCCACCGCAAAGGACGGCGUCGUGCAACCCCGGGACCAAGCCCCACCACCCCUCCGCAGCCUCCUGACCCCUCCCAGCCCCCUCCAGGGCCAAUGCAGCACUAAAUUCCUCUCUCCCCCACCAUUCCUGUGUCUGUCUGGCCCUGAAUGUAUUCAUGUGGCUCCUUGGGGACUAAACCCAUGUUUGAUCCCUUCUCCAGCCCCUUCCUCCCCUCUCCGGAUAGAAGGAAACAGGAGAGGAGGGUGGACAGAGAUCCCGGAAUUCUGAUUGCUGCUAUUCCAGAGCCCAGGCUUCUGGGUUCUCCGAGUCCUCAUUUCUCUUCCCAGUACCCAGCUUCCUCUCUCCAGGGAUCCAGGCAUCUUGGUCCCAAUCUCUUCCCUUUGUUCUCACUGCCAAACUGCCUGUCCUGGGAUCCAGUUAUCCUGGCCCCAUGCACUCUCCACUUGAGUCCCAAACAGUUAAACUGGGUUUCCAACAGCCCCAGCUUUCACUGCCAGGGUCCUAGUCAGAUUCCAGGCAACCUCGGCCCAGCUACGCUUGUUACCCCUGGCUUAGAGCUCUUCCACUGCUGUCUUUACGUAAUGCUAACUCUUAGUCCUGGCCUGUGGGAUUGUGAGGUCUUAUGAGAGACCUCAGGGCGCUCUUUCCUUCCUCUCCUGCCCACUCCCCUCAUGCCCUUAAGAGAAGUUAGGAGGGAGAGAGGACUUUGUCAUGCUCACCUUUAAUGGGUAAUGGAGAAAAAAAUAAAAAAAGUCAUAUCCUCUCUCCUCUUCCUUCUCACAUGACCUAGGGUUUCUGACAAAGCUGGCUUCAAGAUCAGUCACUUGCAGCCAACUGUUGGCCUUUGGUCUUCCAGGUUAGGAGACAGAUCCAUCAGGGUCCCAGGGAGAGGAAGGAAAAGGGAGGGAGCAAAGAGAUGGGGGUUUGUCCCCUGUGCUGCACUCUUACCCCUUCCUUCCUAAGCAUUGGUGUCUCUGCCAGCCCAGGUGUCCAGCUCUCUUGGCCCUCUGCACCCCUUCCCGGGAUCUGGAUGUCAUUUUCCAGGCCUCUUGCCAUGCACAGUUGCAGAGAUCAAAUCCAUACCACCACCACUGAGAUCUCAUUUAUUGCCACAGAUGCACAAAAUAAAUAACCCAACAUCACAAAACGUGUUAAA